AGCCUGCGGCUGGUGCGGCUGCCGAGCAGGGCCAGGCCGGGCCCUGCCCGCAAGGACGCCCAAGCUCUUCGCCGGCCCCUGUGCCCGAGAGCCCACCAGGCUCUCUUGCUGGACCCACCAUGACUUCAGAGCCCACGUCGCCCCCAGUAGUGCCCCCCCUCCACUCCCCCAAGUCUCCUGUCUGGCCCACCUUCCCCUUCCACCGGGAGGGCAGCAGGGUCUGGGAGCGGGGCGGCAUCUCAUCCCGGGACCUGCCCAGCCCUCUGCCCACCAAACGGACCAGGACGUAUUCAGCGACAGCCCGUGCCUCGGCUGGCCCCGUGUUCAAGGGCGUCUGUAAGCAGUUCUCACGCUCACAGGGCCAUGGCUUCAUCACCCCUGAGAAUGGAUCCGAGGACAUCUUUGUGCAUGUGUCUGACAUCGAGGGGGAGUACGUGCCCGUGGAAGGCGACGAGGUGACGUACAAGAUGUGCCCCAUCCCGCCCAAGAACCAGAAGUUCCAGGCUGUGGAGGUGGUGCUCACCCAGUUGGCCCCACAUACUCCCCACGAGACGUGGUCCGGCCAGGUCGUGGGCUCCUAGGCCAGGGGGCUCACGUGUCAGCUGCCGGGCGGGUGGGGAGCCACACAGGGUAGGCGGGCAGCCGCGGGCUCCGGGCCCCCGCACAUGCCGGGUCCCCUGGGCGGCCUCGGCGUACACGUGUCUGUCUGUGCUUGUGACCGCGAGCACGUGCCUCCAUCCACCCCCCGUGACCCAUGACUGUUGUGUGAGCUGG